AUGUUUACUAAAUCUAAAGUGCAGUUUCAGGAUCAACAAAUCGAUGACUAUUUGCUUGAGAACUCAGUACUCAAAAGCAAGCUACAAAGUAAGGUUGAUGCUUUAGCUAUUAUGAAUAUGGAACUAGACAAAUGCAACAUGGAGCGUGACAAAUACAAAAUGUUAGUUGAGCAAUUACAGCAUAAGGAGCCAUCUUCUGGGGGCAUGAACCAUAACAUUUGUAGGUUUACACUAACAAAUGACAUAAGUGCAAAUGAAAUACUUACUUCCACCAGAGACCACAAUUGUGAAUUAAAAGUAAAGAUUGAGACUUUACAAAAUAAAUUAGAAGAAGCAAAUGGUGACAUAUUGGCUUUAAGAAAACAAUUACAGAAAGAAUCAUUAAAUGAUAAUAAAAAUAAUGAAAUAAAAAAGCUUUCACAGAGUUCACCUCAAAAAGAUUAUGAACAGUUAGUACAAAGCCUGGAAAGCAUACAAAAUAAAUAUAAACAACUGCAGUUAGAUUAUGGAACAACAUUAGAUGAAAAAGAGGAACUUGUUGCUGACCGUGACUACUAUAAAAGCAAAGUCAAUCGCUUAAAUCACCAUAUAAGUUACAUACUCUCUAAUGAAAACAAAGAUUCCAAUCCGCAUAAAUCCAUAGUUGACAUAGAUGCUUUAGUCAUGGAAAACAAAUACCUGCAUGAAAGAAUAACACAGUUGCAAGUAGAAAAAGAAAUCAUUAAAAGAACUCUUACCAAAUACAAGACAUUGCUUGACAACAGAGAAAAUGGUGAUCAUGUAAAUUUAAAAAAAGGCUUUGCUGAUGUCAUGACACAAAAACAAGUUAGAGAAUAUUUGAAUAUCAACACAAAAACAGGACUUAAAAGAAGUUCAGCUGCAGAAUUGAAAUCAUUAUGUUUAGGCUUGAUUGAAGCAUUAAAUGACAAAUCUAUAGCUUUACAACACCAAAGAAAGACAAAUCAUGAGGAGGAAUUCAAUAAAAACAAUGAAGACAACCAGUCUAAGGAAUUUGCAGAAUACGAAAAUGGCAGUGAAGAUAAUAAAAAAUUUAUUACGAAGACAGUUUUACCUUUGGAAUUGGAACAGUUGGUUAAAGAAGCUCUUGCUGAUUUAAAGCCAAUUCAG